UAAUAAUGAGGGUUGUGAUGAGGAAUUCACCUGGUCCGCCGGCAGGUGGCGAUAAAGCACCUUUGUUUUGCCAAAGGCACGAAGAACAGACAGAAUUUGAGUAGCGCUGUUAGCAGGUUACUUUUGACAAUGCACUGGAAGGCUACAGAUGUGUUUGGUGGCUGGCAGCAGUGACCAUGCUGUGUUUCCAUAUUCCGUUCUUGCUGGUACUCCUCUCUCAGGUCCACCAAUCCAUCCAGGCCUCUGAGGAAUUCUCAGUGCCUGAUGAAUGGGUCCUGCUUCAUGUUGUUCAAGGUCACAUCGGUGCCGGCAACUACAGCUACCUGCGCCUCAACCAUGAUGGACGCAUCAUCCUGCACAUGCUCAGCCUCAAAGGCGACGCCGACCUCUACGUCUCUGACAAGACGCUGCGACCGGACUUCGAUACCUAUAAACUUCAGUCGGUCACCUGCGGCCACGAUGUGGUUGUGGUUCCAGGUGACUUUGUUAGACCGGUGGGCAUCGGGAUCUAUGGGCACCCCUCUCACCUGGAGAGCGAGUUUGAGAUGAGGGUGUUUUAUGAUCAGUCCGCUUUAACCGAGGACCUGUUUCAAAAGAAUUCUUAUUCUCCAGAGCAGAAUCAUGAACAGUCCAAAUACCCACAGACAGGCACUGGGGAGGAACUUGAGGAAGAGGAGCCCAUCCUGUGGACCAUUCUCAUUGGGAUCCUGAAGAUAAUACUUGAAAUUUUGUUUUGAUCAUUGAUGUGAUUUUUGCAUCUUAGAAAAGAGUAAUUAAAUACACGGCCAAAGUAACACAAGCACUGGAGGGAAUUUUUCUUUUGGUAAACGGUUUAAUUUGUAUUUCAACCUAAUCUUGAGGUCCCAGCUGUCUUAAAAGAAACAGAGAAUACAGUCUCUACUCAUGUUUUCCCUUGGCCACACGCAAAUGGUAGGUUUAUUGUCAGUGUACGUGAUUGCUUAUCUACAGUUGGUCUUUUUGGUCGUAAUUCAUUUUCACUUCCAUCGCUAAUGUAUUAUAGACUAAUUAUUUUGAAUCUGCUGAGGUUCUGAGCCCUAUGCAAUCACCCAAAUCAGCUUUUGGAAAUAAAUAACAACUGUGCCUUUUAUCAGAGUCCUUUCCGUAAGAAAUGGAGAGGCAUGAUAUGAUGCAACCAUAACAUUUGUAACAUUUUUCAAAUAAAGUCAGUCACUUGUGCAAA